GGCGCCCGGGCCCUCCGCGGGGCACGGCCGCCCCCCCCACUCGGGCGAGCUGCGGACCGGCCGGCUGGCCGCGCUCGCAGGAUGGUCGCUGCGGGAGGAACAUGGGGCGAUCUUGGUCACACCAUUCUGCUCAGGAGCGACGGGACGGCGGUGGCCUGCGGCAACGAUGGCGACGGCCAGUGCAAUGUGCCGCCGCUGCCUGCAGGCCAGAGGUGCGCCCAGGUCGCGGCAGGAUCGGAACGCACCGUUUUGCUCAGGAGCGACGGGGCGGCGGCGGCGCACGGCUGCACUUGUUGCGGCCAGUGCGACUUGCCACCGCUGCACGCAGGCCAGACGCACGUCCCGGUCGCGGCAGGAUCGGCCCACAACGUUCUGCUCAGGAGCGACGGGACGGCGGUGGCUUGCGGCCCCAAUCGCGUCGGCAAGGGCGACUCGCCGCCGCUGCCUCCAGGCCAGAGGCGCGCCCAGGUCGCGGCAGGAUCGGACCACGCGGCCCUGCUCAGGAGCGACGGGGCGGCGGCGUCGUGCGGAUCCCAUAAUGACGGCCAGCGCAAUGUGCCGCCGCUGCCUGCAGGCCGGAGGUGCGCCCAGGUCGCGGCAGGAUCGGACCGCGCCGUUCUGCUCAGGAGCGAUGGGGCGGCUUUGGCGCGCGGCUUCGAUGGCGACGGCCAGUGCGACUUGCCGCCGCUGAUGGAAGGUCUGACAUACGCGCCGCAUCCGUUGCCCACGCUGCUCCUCCAGGCUUCUGUCGAUGCCGGCACGGUGCAUUUCGUGACCUUCGGCGGAGAGGACCGCUGCCAGAUCGCAGUGGCGCCCGACGCUCCGCUCACCGGCGUGCGCGCUUGGCUGCUGACCGAGCGCCGCCUAGGCAGGCCGGGCCUCGGGCUCGGGCGGGUCGACGCCGUCCUGCCGGGGGGCGGCUCCUGAGCGAGGCCGCGGCCGAGGAGGCGGUCCAGAGCGCCGUCGGCACCACCGCGCGUGCCUCGGCGUCCGGCGAGCCUGCCACGAGCAGCCGCGACCAGAGCCGGUCGGCUCCUGUCGGCCCGCGCGCGCCCCAGCCUUGAGUUGAAGCUGCUGCGCAGAUAGAAGUGCUGAACAGCCAUCGAGGCGCAGUGCUGAACAGCCUGCGUUGUGGCCGCGGCCAUGGAAACUAGUGCAGAGCGGGCCUAGAGGCGA